CCUCACGUUCCGUUCAUCCUCCUUUCAAUUCUGCUACUGUAGCCUGCUUGCCUUCGCGGUGUGGCUUUCAGUCUAUCAGCGUUGCGGAUCUUCCCGUGACAGGGAUCGCACACGAUGACAUUGGCGGGCUGACACGGUGCAUAAGGCAUGACACGACCGCAAACGUUACUCAUAUACACGCUGCGCUUUCUUGUUGCAUAUCCGCCGAAAAGAUGCCACCUCCUUCCGAGAAGGAUGCCAAGUCAGUUCUGAAAGCUGAACAUCGACGCAGCGCAUCUGGCAGCUCCUCACCGCUGCCCGAAGAGAGCAAAGCCGCAAAGAGUACGAGGCAAGCUCUACCAAGUCCCGCGCCACCUAACGUACACUAUACACUGCUGGUAAAAUUGCCGUUUGUGAGAGGUGAUUUUGAAGAUCCACCACAGGUUGAAUGGGAUGCGAUCAAAGACCGGAAACUAUGGAAGAUAAUCUCCAAGAACUCAAGAUCCGCUGACAUAGACUGGGCGCUGCAUGCAAAAGAGUUUGGCGUAACGCAAACAUUUCUCCUUCAGCAGGCCGCAUGGCUGUAUGAACGACACCUCCAACAUGUAAAAGCUCAGAUGACCAAGCUAAGAACGUCAAAUGCACCGACGCCUAUACUCGGGCCGGCCAGCCAACAGACUGCACCAACUGGAGGAGUUCCCAUGAAGAGACUGGGUAGCGGUGGGGCUUCAAGAGCGCCGUCCGCAAUGUCUGUACAGUCACGAGAUAGUCCUGUAGCUGGAGUAGAUACUGGCUCUUCGGGUGUGCCGCAGAUGCGACCUGGACUGUCAAGGACGCCUUCAUCUGCAACGGUGACCCAGAGUCGGCCUUUCCUGCCUCCAGCCUCGCCUCGCCAGCCAGUCCAGCGAUCCUUCCGCACCUCUGCUGCAGCGAAGAGGAUAAAGGCUAUCGUUCCACAAUCAACUGAUGAACAACUUAGUCCUCAUGACCCGGUGUCACCACCGCCGGCCUCUGACUCCAGCUCUAAGUCAUCUUCGGACUCCGACUCUCCUCCAACCCGACAAAGCCAGCUUUUCCGACGCCCACCAGCGUUUCAGCGUCAAAAGAAGACCCAACUCAGCAACGUGGACGACGUGGGCGAAGAAAGUGGUGAUGACUCACCUACCUUCCUACCUUUCGCCGCAAAAGCCGACAGUGUUCAGCCGAAGGAGGAUCCAAGCGCAACGCUGAGAGAUAUGACUCCUCCGCACCUGAAAUCUCAGCCCAGCGCAUCGAAGGGGCAGGCUGCGCGGGCUCCGAUACUUAAAUCAAGGGAAAAAGGCAAACAAGCCAUGGGCAAGAUUGAGUCGUCCGCCAGCUCGGCUUCCUCGGCAGCAGCGCCGCCGUCCUCCGCUGACGUGAACGACCCGCGCAGGCCAGAUGCGAUCACACCUCGACACAGAGCCGAACUUGCCCGCCUGAGCCCACGGCGACAGGCUUCGAUGAGGGAUGGAAGUGAUGGUACACCAAGCAUGGGGAGUAGCUUCAGCGAUCUCGACGACACGAGCAUUACACAAUCUGCACUCGAGGAAGCGUUGGCAAGUAACCUCCGUCAUGGAGGUGCAAGCCGUCUGAGCUCUAUAAGCCACGCGUUUGGAUCUCGACUAUACGGCAGGGGUCAGCAACAAGGCUAGGGAAGUCAUAGAGACUAUACGAACAGAAGCAAGUAGCGAAAGCUAUCUGCUGCUGCUAUUUCUAGUUUAUGUCGAACAUCUUCACAACAGUUGACUCGGAUCAGAGCAAAAAAUAUGUACUGGAGGCAUCACUGUGGUUCUAAACCAUGUAUGUAUACGUGUACAUUCCUUUCCAAACUUGCGAAACAGCCAAAAACAUUUAUAUUCAAAAUGCC